AUGAGUUUUUCAUUUGGAGCAGCUACGACUACUUCGGGUACCACUUUCGGUACAACUUCUCCCGCUCAAGGGUCCUUAUUUGGCGGUGGAGAUGCAUCAAAAGCAUUGCAAGGAUCUGGGGAUAAACCAAGCUUGUUUGGUGGAGCGGGUACAAGUACACCAGCAUUUGGAAGUUUCGCUUUUGGGGCUAAAACAACAACUGCUGCCCCUAAUUUGUUUUCAACACCAACAACAAGUACCCCAACAGCCUUUGGUGGCGGAAAGCCUUUGAAUUUCUCUUUUUCAUCUCCUCCAAAUCAAACUGUUGGCAGUCCUGGGUUUGGAUCUCCAGCAAAUCAGAAUGCUGCUCAGAAUCUUUCAUUCGGUGGCAACACUCAAAAUGCUCCGGCAUUUGGAUCUCCAGCCCCGACUACUCAAGCAUCAUCCAGCUUUGGUACUCCAGCAAGCACAGGUUUUGGGUUUGGAAAACCCUCAACGGGUUUUAACUUUACAACACCAGCAUCAGGUUUUUCAGCACCUCAAGUAACUACUACAAGUCAGCCCACACAAGGAGCAAGUGCGUUUGGUGGAAAGGGAUUCGGUUUUGGUACAACUACGGCCACUACUAGCUCUGCCGCUCCAGCUCCAGCCUUCGGCACAAAUCAGCCAAAUGCCCAAAAUUUGUCAUUCGGUGCCACCACCCAAGCUCAAAACCAAAACCAAAGCUUUGCUUUCGCAACCACUCAAGCUAAACCGGGACCGCCCAGUUUGUUCCCAACCCCACAAACAUCGACGUUUGGGGCGAAACCGGGUUUCGGAGGUCAGACACAAGCACCUAGUGGUUUCACGAGUCAACCAUCUUUUGCGAGUGCUGGAAUGACAUUGGGAACUAGUGCCCCGAGUUCAGUUUCUACAAUGCCAACGGCCCAACCUAGCACGGCCAUUGGAUCUGGGUUUAAUUUUGGUGGCUCUUUGGGCACAACAACUUCCACAGCAUUAGCAGGAUUGGGCUCAAAUAUUGGCUCCAAACCCCAAACAACGGGACUCAAUUUGGGAACUCCUUUGGCCACAUCAUCUGCGGGGUUCAAUUUGGGUACAUCAACUGGUUUGGGUACCAAUGUGUCUACGGGACCUAAGUUGGGAGGUGGACCCAGUCUGGGCACAACUACCACUGGAAUGAAUUUGGGAACUAGUACCGCGGGGGGAUUUAAUUUAGGUCCGUCUUUAGGACUCAAUACGGCCACAAGCGCGGCCCAAGGUCUCAGUUUGGGCACGAGCGCGGCCCAAGGUCUCAGUUUGGGCACGAGCGCGGCCCAAGGUCUCAGUUUGGGCACGAGCGCGGCCCAAGGUCUCAGUUUAGGCACAAGCGCGGCCCAAGGUCUCAGUUUGGGCACAAGUGCUGCCCCAGGUCUCAGUUUGGGCACAAGUGCGGCCCCAGGCCUCAAUUUGGGUACAAGUGUAUCUACAGGUCUCAAAUUGGGGACUAGCGUGUCUUCGGGACUCAAUUUGGGGACUAGUACAUCGACGGGGUUGAACUUAGGCACCAGUACCGCGACAGGAGUUGCUUUGGGUACCAGUACAUCAUCGGGACUCAAUUUAGGUACGAGUACCGCUACAGGGAUUAAUCUUGGCACUACUACGUCUACGGGACUCAGUCUGGGUACAAGUACUGGUUUAGGAUUUCCAUCAUCCAAUGCACUAACCCUGGGAAAACCCACUUCAGCGACGGCUGCAUCUUCGAUAGCUUCUUCUACGCCAUCUGGGAUUAUGGCUCUCGGUAAAUCCACAGCCAGUACAUCGCUUGCAACGGCCACUGCAACUGUAGCGUCUGCGCCACCCGCAGCCAUUUCGUCAAUAUCAUUCGCCCAGCUCGAGGAAAACAUCAACAAGUGGACCCUGGAGUUGGAAGAACAGGAGAAGACGUUCAUCCACCAAGCCACGCAGGUCAACGCCUGGGAUCGCCUGCUAAUUGCUAACGGAGAGAAGAUUGUAGAACUAAACGAUGCUGUAGAAACUGUGAAGAAUGAACAACAAAGUCUAGAACACGAGUUGGACUUUGUACUGGGGCAGCAGAAGGAGUUAGAAGAUCUCUUGGCACCGCUUGAGAAGCAGCUCAAGGAAGAUGGAGACCGGAUGAGGGAUCCUGAGAGAGAGCAUAUGUACACAUUAGCUGAGAAUUUGGACAGUCAGCUCCGACAAAUGUCUGAAGAUCUCAAGGAAGUCAUCGAACACCUCAACGAGACCAACAGAAGUCAGGACAGCAAUGAUCCGAUCGUUCAAAUCGGCCGAAUCCUGAACGCACACAUGUCGUCGAUGCAAUGGAUUGAUGGCUCCAUAACGCAGAUUUCCACCAAAUUGGACCAUUUGAAAGUCACCCACGACACUCUUAGACGGGAAAAUGAGAAGUCCUUUCAGUUAACAUACAGCUAA